AUGGCGAAUGAGCCAUGUAGCGAAGACGAAACACUUCACGUCGUAACAUUAAUGGAUUUAAAGAAAAGGCGCGACAAGUUAUUGGAGCUUAAAAAAAACAUGUUGCGUAGGCAAUCGAAUCAAAUCGCUGCUGAUGAAAAUACCAAAGAGUUUUCUAAAAACUUACCUAGUACCAGUCUUGUUAAUUCUGAGAACCAAGAGGAUCUUGCUAAAGAAACUGAAUCUUUAGCUUAUUGUGACACAACCACUUUUAGAGCUAUUUGCUUAGAAAAUCAGCUGGAGAUUAAUGAUCAUGACAAUGUUUCUGGCCUGACUAUAGCUUCAAUGAAUAAUUUGGUAUCUAACGCUUCUAAAGAGGAAUUAGGCACUGAAAUCAAUAAUGAACUAAGUGAAUUAGAUUUUGAUUUUUCAUCAGAUGAUUCUCUUGCCGACCCAAAUUACUGUCCACUCUCUGAAAUUACUAAUGUUGCACCUAUAGCUUCAACAUCAACUGACAGCAAUAAUAAUUUGUUUCCUGAAACAAUUUUGGAACGUGAGGUGGCUAUCGAGUCUAGAGUAAGGAAACGAAAAGCAGACGUAAUGUCUACGAAAAGGUUAAGAAACAAGACGUUAAGAAUGUUGGGUCAAGAAUAUGUAGGUUUUAGAAAAACUGAAGAUGAAAAAUUUUUACAAGACUCUAUCAAACCUGCGCGACAACUUGGACAACUUUGUAAGUCAAGCAAAUGUUUAAAUAGCAAAGUAUUUAACUGCGAUAAAUUUACAGAAACGGUACGAAUAAAUAUUUUUAACGAAUUUUGGAAGAUGACUUGGCCAGAGAAGAAAAUGUUUGUUUCAUCUUUAGUGGACAGAAAAACAACUAAAAGGAAAACCACUGGAAGGGCUGAUACAAGACGAAGUGCGUCAAAAGUCUAUUAUUUAAAAUUAACUGACCAAAAAAUGAGAGUAUGCUUAAAGACGUUUUUAGGAACAUUGGGAAUUAAGGAGUGGACAGUAAGGUACUGGCUAGGAGAGAAACCAAAUAAAGAAUCGACUAUAGGCCAGAGAGAUGUUGCAAUGCCUAAGUUGAAGGAGUUGGUACAAAUAUUUUUAAGAGCUAUGCCCAAAAUGCCUUCUCAUUACUGUAGGAAAGACAGUACAAAACUCUAUUUAGAACCCAUAAUACAGUCCAAACGUGAACUCUAUCGUAUUUAUGUUAAAGAGGCAACAAAAAGUGGACACAAAGUAGCUUCCAGAAAACUUUUCGAGGAUGUUUUGAAAGAUGACAACAUAGCUUUGUUUCAACCAAAAAAAGACGCAUGUGAUCUAUGUUGCUCAUAUAAAGCUGGCAAUAUCACUGAGGAAAUAUAUCAACAACAUGUAUCACGAAAAGAUUUAGCAAGACAGGAAAAGACUUCAGAUAAAGAGGCUGCAAAAAAAGGAAUGCUUCACGUAGUAACAGCUGAUUUACAAGCUGUAAAAUUAUGUCCAUUUUUGACAGCCAGUGCAUUGUAUUUUAAAACAAAGUUGAUGGUUCAUAAUUUUACAGUAUACAAUCUGGGUACUAAUGACGUGAAGUGCUAUUGGUUUGAUGAGACAGCAUCAGAUUUAAAAGCAUCAACGUACGCUUCCUUUUUUGUCGAUUAUUUGAAGAAAAUCAUAGAAGAAAGUCCUAAAAACGUCGUAAUUUUCACUGAUGGCUGUACCUCACAAAAUAGAAAUGUUGUAGUUUCGAACGCCCUUCUGCACUUGGCAAUGGAAAAAAAUGUGGUAAUCACUCAAAAAUUUUUAGAAAAAGGCCAUACUCAAAUGGAGGUGGAUUCAGUUCACUCCGUAAUUGAAAGAAAGUUAAAACACCGGGAAAUAUUUUUACCUAGUCAAUACUCUUCAGUUACUAAAGAAGCUAGGCUGAAUCCAUCUCCAUAUGAAGUAGUAACGGUUGACCACACUUUUUUCAAGGAUCAUAGCAUCAAAAGUAAUCAUAUUUACGAUACAAUCCGCCCUGGAAGAGGAACUGGCGCAAAGUGCGUAGUGGACAUUAGAGUUCUUAAGUACAAUCCCAAUGGAACAAUCGAAUACAAACUGAACUACAAUGACGAAUUUCAGCCGUUACCACAAAGGCCAAAAAAGAUUGGUCCAUUUAUUCCACCACAGCUCUUUACUGAGAAAUUGCCAAUCACAAAAUCAAAGUAUGAACAUUUACAGCAAUUAAAAAGUGUCAUACCCGUAGAUUGUCAUGAAUUCUAUGACAAUUUACCUUAUAAGGACAAUUAA